CGGACGGACGGGCGGCCGCAGACGGCGGCGCGUGCGGGGAGGGAGCGGGCGCGGGGCCGCCUUUCCGGCCGCGGCGAGGAGCGCGGGUGCGGGGCGCGCAGCAAGAUGCUCGCGGCAGCGGCAGCCUUGGUGUGCGUGUGUGCAGCAGCCUGGUGCAGCCCGGCGGCGGCGGCGGCCGGGGGCAGACCGGACAGCGGCAAUUUUCUGGACGAUAAACAAUGGCUCACGACCAUCUCCCAAUACGACAAGGAGGUCGGGCAGUGGAACAAAUUCCGAGACGAUGAUUAUUUUCGUACGUGGAGUCCGGGUAAACCAUUUGAUCAAGCUUUAGAUCCGGCUAAAGAUCCAUGUUUGAAGAUGAAAUGUAGUCGCCAUAAAGUCUGUGUGGCACAGGAUCAACAAACUGCAGUUUGCAUUAGUCACCGGAGGCUUACACACAGUAUGAAAGAGGCUGGUUUAGGCCAUAAACAGUGGAGGGGUGGUCCCAUUUCAUCAAACUGCAAGCAGUGUCCAGUAGUUUAUACCAAUCCUGUUUGUGGAUCAGAUGGUCACACAUAUUCUUCUCAGUGCAAAUUAGACUAUCAAGGCUGUGUCUCAGGAAAACAAAUUUCAGUGAAAUGUGAAGGACGUUGCCCUUGCCCUUCUGACAAAUCCACAAAUGCAGGAAGAAAUGACAGGAGAGUGUGCAGUGACCUGGAAUUCAGGGAAGUUGCAAACAGAUUGAGAGACUGGUUUAAGGCACUUCAUGAGAGUGGAAUUCAGAAUAAGAAGACUAGGAUUGUUCAAAGGCCUGAAAGAAGCAGAUUUGAUACCAGCAUUUUGCCAAUUUGCAAAGACUCCCUCGGCUGGAUGUUUAAUAGGCUCGAUACGAACUAUGACCUGUUGUUGGACCAGUCAGAACUUGGAAGCAUUUACCUUGACAAGAACGAGCCGUGCACCAGAGCGUUCUUCAAUUCUUGUGACACAUACAAAGACAGUUUGAUAUCUAACAAUGAGUGGUGCUACUGCUUCCAAAGACAGCAAGACCCACCUUGCCAGACAGAGCUCAGCAACAUUCAGAAGCAGCAAGGAGGAAAGAAGCUCCUAGGGCAAUACAUCCCCUUCUGUGAUGAGGAUGGGUAUUACAAACCAAGUCAGUGCCACGGAAGCCUAGGGCAGUGCUGGUGUGUGGACAGAUACGGCAAUGAAGUGUCAGGAUCCAGAACAAAUGGUGCAGCAGAAUGUGCUAUUGAUUUAGAGACUUCAGGUGAUUUUGCCUCUGGUGAUUUCCAUGAAUGGACAGAUGAUGAAGAUGAUGAAGAUGAAAUAAUGAACGAUGAAGAUGAAAUUGAAGAUGAUGAUGAAGAUGAAGGGGAUGAUGAUGAUGAUGACGAUGAUCAUGAUGGAUAUAUUUGAUAAUAUUAAGAGGUCCAUAAUGUUGUACCUUUCUAAAUUUCACAAGAUGAUAUUUCAUAAAAUCCCUUUGCUCUCCGAGAUCAAAAGGGUUCUAACAAAUAUGUAUAUUUUGUAUGAUUAUUUCAAACAUUGCAGCUGGAGUCAUAGACUUCUUUUGUUUAAAUAAGAAUAAUUAUAUCAUG